AUGCCGCUCGAACCCGUCGUCGUGGAGUACUGCCCCACGUGCGCGUGCCCGUUCGAGUACUGCGACAACGCGGGAUGCAAGCGCGCGAAGAUGGAGACCGAGAUGGCGAAAGCGUCGGUGAGCGGCGGCGACGGCGAUGGGGACGGCGCCCCCGCGAUUCCCGCGGACGCGACGACGGACGCGGCGACCGCGCCGGAGAAGAAGAAGAGCUCGAAGAAGGCGAAGGCGAAGGGCGUGACGAUCACGCGCACGACGCGCAACAAGAAGAAGACGAUCACGAACGUCGCGGGGCUGGAGCACUUCGACGGCGUCAAGGUCGCGGACGCGGCCAAGGCGUUCGGGAAAAAGUUCGCGUGCGGCGCGUCCGUGACGAAGGGCGCGACGGGGAAGGACGAGAUCGACGUGCAGGGGGACGUGAGCGAGGGGGUCGCGGCGAUGCUGACGGAGAAGUUCGGCGUCGACGCGGAGCUCAUCAAGCUCGUCGACAAGGGCAAGUAG